GACGUCGAUUGGGAUGUGAACGAGGAAACGCACUAGUAGGUACAUAGGUAUGAUCUCGUACACUACUAGGACAACAACUGUGGGAGCGCUCUUAGCUGAAGCUCAAAGUACAAUAGUAUACAACCUAACAUCGUCUUCCACUACAUAAAGAACACCGACUAUAAAGUCGCUAUCUCGUCCACAUCGUAAAGAGCAAUCAUGACGUUGGCCAACGACAUCAGUAAGCUUCGUGCUGAGCUGAAUGUUCUCAGAGACAAGGUUCAGUACGGCCGCGUCGUCGAACGACCUGUAGUGGAGAAGCGGAGCUCUUCGUCGUCGUCCGUUCGAACAGAUGUUGACGAUGAGAGCAGCGAAACUUCGAUUAGGACUCCUAGAAAGAAAAAGCGAAGGCGGCCAAAUAGGCUGUUGCGGAGUGGUGACCACUUUUACGACGUUUUUCGUCGGCAGAAGCCAGCACGGAACACCACGACAUCAACAAAAGGGAAGCACUACAGUUCUUCAUACCGUGUCGCGGAUACUCGUCGUGUCGGCACUACUUCUAGUGCUUUGAACGUUGAUCUUGACGAUGCAGAGGAAACCAAAAUUCGUCAGAUAGUAGACGAAAGUCUUCUUGACAGUCCUCUAGCAAACUGUAUGCCAGAGGUCGACGGUCAGAGAGAUGAAGCGUUCUCAGAGGCUUUCCCUGGUAAAGUGCCUCCAUCAGUAAAACGAGUUUUGCGGGAUUAUGCAGCAAGAAGCAUGAGUCGGAAUAGUAGCAAUUCUAGAAGUACUAAAAAGGUUAAUCCUAGAACAACAACUAGUACAACUGGUGGCACAAGAACUUUGGGUUUGGCAGCUUUACCAAGAUCUUCUCGGACUCUGGCUGGAACGCUUAGGACGAGCGAAGACGUCCACACCGGAAAGACCAGCAACGAAUGGGUUCCUAGCACUAGAUGUUCCAGAGGGACGAAUGUGCGAAGAAAUGCACCACACUUAUCAUCGUCUUCCUCUUCUAACAUGAGAAGGAAUGGCAAUCAACAGCAUAAUCAUGCUAGUACUGCUAGUACUUCUAAGUAUGGGAUUGGGAGAACAUCAACAUCCCAGCCGGGACAUGCAACUACAAUGAGUAGAAGCGGAAGGGGAACAGAAGGCGAGACUCGCCUUGGCCCAGCGGCAGAGGAGCCUUCUUUCAUCAUCGAACAAGAAGGUAGUGAACAAGAUGUUGAGAACACUACAGUCAGAGGUGCCUCUGUCGUGGGUGAUAAUGAUCGUGGAAAUAGUCAGCCGUUGUUCUACGACUAUGCUGGGGAACUGCAUUCAUCCGAUGAUCAUGACGAUGUGGAGAAUCAUGAAAUACCUCUUGUUCCAGAAGGAGAUCCUCUCUCUCAAAACAAGAAAUUCAUCUACUCGAGUACUGCUAGAAAAGCCAGCAGUUCUUGUUGUGAGCCUCUCCUCGGCGCGGAUACCACUCCGACAGCGCGACGUCUACGGGAGAAAACAGAGCAUCUACGACGAAAAUUCUCGGAGACACUAGAUGAUGACGAGGACGCUUCUUUUGUCCUCCGUUCUAGAAGUUUGUCGGGUCUUUCACCACCUAGCAGGAAGGGCCCUGGCGGGACAAGUUCUUUUGGUCCGUUAGUCAGGACAAGGCCUCCUGGAACUCGAACUACUGGAACUGCUGCAAUUGCUGCUGUUUACAACAAUGUAGGAAGAGGCGCAACCACAACCACUUCCAGAAGUCAAAUUAAUAUGGGACCUAAACAUCACUCUUUUACUACGCCCACAACUACACGUAAUGCUACCGGCUCCGUCGGCCCUAGAAGCAACGUGAGACGCGCUUCUUCUGCACCAAGAGGAACCUCAUCGAGAAAUAAUCUUCAGCCGAUGAACGGCAAUAAGACUAGAAAGGGCCUCAACCCCAAGCCCAACUCCACCUCGGCAUCGCAGCCGAAGAUAAGGCGCGUUGAGCGCGUUACCCGUGCGCCAUUUCUGCAAGAUUUCAGAGCGUAUAGGAGUGCCUCUUUUGCACCCAAGCGUGCACGGUCAAGUCCAGGUACUAUCAGCAUGCCUACUUCCAGCACAGCACCACGGCGAAAAGAACAGCAAGCCUCGCUGAGAAGAUCCGCCAGCUGGAGGCCUUUAGAAGUAUACCCAAAUGUUGAUCCUAGUCCGAUUUUAGAAGGCCCAAAAGAAGCUUCUCCCCAUCGUAAUGCCUCACAUGGUAAUGCGUCUAGUACAGCUUCGCCAUUCCUCUUUGCUCCUGAGGAUGCGAUAGCUGCUCCUCGCCGCCAUCAUGACCACGUGUACGCCCAGAAUUUGGGAGGCUUCUCGUUAUGAGCAGCACGAGCCAUCGUUAGAUUGUGUGUAGGUGUACUACAGAAAUGGCUCAGGAGGAGGGAAUUGAAAAGGAAUACGAAUACAUCUUAAAAACUCGACGUACUAGGAGCUACUUCAAGAUGAAGAUAUUAUAAAAAAAGCUGAAGAAGCAAAUGUCACUGAAGUAGAUCAAAGUCACGACGAUAACAUCAAUCCACGACCACUACUUCUAAUCCCCCAUCACCGACACACUGUACCCGGUUCGCAUCCGAGUUCCCAUUUAAUGGACUUCAACAAUGCCCAUAUUCACGGAGCCUCACGAGAGCCAGCUGGCGGUCGUCCCCCACGUGCAUCCGCACAAGAACGCAUGCAAGAGUAUGCAGUUGCAGCAUACAAGUUAAACAUGCGACGAGCAUCGGACAGCAUAUUGCCGUCUUCUUCCUCUCGAGGUAAUUAUAGAAGAAACUCAGGCGCAGGGACUUUCGCACCACCUAGCCGGGCUUCGGGGACAACUGGCGGAGCUGUAGGCUCAACAGCAAGAGGAGCAACUGGAGGAUCCUCAAGUGUUAUUAAGGCCGCUAAGGAAGUUGAAGUAAGUAGCAGGGAAAAGAAUAAUAUGCGAUUGAACUACGUACCUUUCUCCAUGUCUAUGAUCUCAAUUCUAAUGUUCAUGGGGAACUCGUCGUGAAGUUCAGUUUAUGAUGUUCCUGAAGACAUCUGACAUCAUUCUACUUUCGCCUAGUUCAUGCAGCAUUACAUUCUAGCGUGGUAUAAAAAAAAGUACAACUAGAAGAGUCCCAGUUCUAUCUUCUAAAUUCCAUGGCCCUGGAGGUCAAGGCAAGUUUUUAGCCGGCGAGCCGAUUGGAGACGCACGGGAGCAAAGGAUGUGGAACACUGACGUGCGAACUGCGACUAGUAGUGUUCCGAAUUUACAACAACGAUCUCGGCUGUACGAUGCACAUAGGCAAGCUGCUCCUUAUGGAAAAAUAAAUAGCAUGAUGUUGCACCUUUUGCUAUAUCUUUGUCUUUCCUCCACUACCUCUAAGUAUGUAACAUGAUCGACAUCCUUGAGCUUGCUCUUUUCAGUAAGAGGUGGAAAGAAGUCAAUUGCGGGAUCGCCAUUGUUCUGAAGAAUGCAAUGUCCCAUUUUUGUCCUCCGGACGUCAUCUAAGUACCAGGCUCCGAGACACAGCGACGCUUCACGAGUGUACAGGGUCUUGUGCAUGCGCCAAACGGGCUGAGCCCAAGGGCAAUGACCUUCACAGCGCGACGCAAGGAAGCUCGCAAAUGGAAACUACAGGCCAAGAAGGAAGGCCGUUAUAACGCCCGCUUGUCCCAAGUAAAGCACGCACAGCGGGAGCGGAGUCGAAGUGCAUUGGCGAGAAGUGGAAGUAAAUACUUACUGAUGUUACUUCAGAUCGUAGGCUCUCUUGCAUUGUCCUCAGGGUCAGGCGCACGACUUACCCGAGUCGUAGAUAGUCGUAAUGCCCUACUACUUAACAUAAUGACCUACUAUUUAACAUCUACACUAGUCCAAGAAUAGUAACUAAGUUUUUUGGUCGGUAUCCAUCGGACUUCUCUAUAGAUCUUGUUGUGAUAAGUAAGAUCCCGCAAUAGUACCAAGAAUACCUCAUGUUCAUUUCACCUGAUCAGGUGGGGGACGUUCUUCUACUCCUGCUGGUUACCCUGUAACCAAAGUCCAGAAUCCCUUGAAGUUGAAUAGUCCCAUGCGUGCCAAUACGCCACCUGCUACGAUUUUGAAGCGUGCAGUAUCACCAGAACUUGCGAUUGCGCAGAGUCGAGUGUUAAGGUUGGUGGUGAUGUAUAUUUGCCCGAAGUAAAUUCUACGAAUUCUUAAGCUCCUAGGAGUCCGCUCAUAUGAUUACAUAACAAGAAUAGGAAAAUAAGGGAUACUAGUGUGGUUGUGGUUUAUAAGCUCUUAUAACUCAUACUCUAUAUCAUCUCCUUUUCCUUUGCCUUUCUAAAGCCCGCAAACGAGAAGCGUCGCAUAGAUGCAUAUCAUGCUAUGAAAAAUCGUGUGAGUAGCACUGUCGAAGUUCGAAAACAUCUCACAACUAUGGGCAACGAGAAUUUCCAGAGGCGUGGAAUCCCGAAAUACAACUUCCAAGAACCUACACAUGAGGCGGCUUCGCGAGGUAGGGGCAGAGCACCACCGCCUGGGGGUGAAAAUUAUGAUAGAUAGGGGUGUGCCAGGCAUCUGGUUAAGUACAUAUUUAAUCUGUAGAUUGGAUUUGGAAGUUCAGCUAUCUUUCGGUCUUGAUUGUUCUCGGAUGACAUGUGACCUUUCGAAAAACCUCUAAGAUAACCUUCCUGACAAAGUCGCGUCACAACAGUUGAUUCGCGCAAAAAAGGAGCAACGGAUUGUGAAUGCCUCUUCCGCGUCCUUUGCCGCUAUGGAACGCGCCAACAAGGUAUUGCAUGGCGAUAAUCCUAGUAAGGCUGCAGGUGCGGCAGGCUCAAAAUCUAAUGGAAAGAUCCUUUCUCGAAAUACUACAUCACAAGCUAAAGCGGCGACGGGAAGGAGAAGUAGAGGUUCAAGCAGGAGUAGAAGUCUUGACAACGGACCACGAGCUCGUAGUUCUCGAUCCCCUGCCUCAUCUGUGCGCAGUAACCGCAGUGUCAGUAGCAGACAUUCUUUUAUGGGCUAUUUUCGAAUAAUUACAUUCCGCAGUACCACGUCGACCAGUACAACCAGCCUUAGCUCUUUUCCUACUACUGAUAGAAAGGAAUCCAGGUUGGCCCAUGGACUGAAGGAAUGGAAUUCCCCAAACUGCUCUAACUCCUGGUCUCCAGGUGGUCGCAAUUACCCUCGACAUCGUAGAUCGACGGCAGCCUCUAGAGGUUGGAGCACGCCUGGAGGAGGAAGCAGCAGAUCUGCAUCUAGAACCCCUCGAAGUAGCAGAUCUUGGGUAGGAAGCGGCGCACCGCCUGGCAUUAAGGCUACAAGAACGUCUAUUCCAUCUUUAGAUAGUACUAUAGAUACAUAGGAACGAAGGGGAUCCCUCCUCAGUAUACAUCAAGGAGUUACAACUGACUCUAGAUAUCAAUAGGGGGUCCCUCCUCAAAAAUAUACAAGGAAUUGAAAGGAACAUUUCUCCUGAAGAGGGACGAUCCUCACAGGGACAAUGACCUAGUUAGUGGCCCCUCUAAUGAUAUGAACGCUGGGAGGUACCUAAAUAUAGGAGAAGUUAGUAGUAAAAAGGGCUAUUAUGCGCCAUACGACUACGGAAUUUCUCACAAGCGCAUGCAUGAACUGCAUCAGGGCAAAAUGGCCAAGAACGAUCGGGUGUACGGAGGCUUUAAAGUUAAGAGAAGCAGCUUUACGUGAUGUUUAGAAUUUUGGAAAUGGUCACUCAGAAUUGUUGUAAAGGUAGCAAAAUAAGUCUAACUCUAUUAUUUAAGUAAGUCAAAGAGAGUCUUGAUAGAACUAGAAGCAAGUCCUAGUAAGUCACUAGGUCACAUCAUGUUCACCCACUGACAGACUCAGAUGAAAAGUCUAAACAAAGCGUCCCCUCUUUGCACGGUGGAGUUGGCAGUGACGGUCGAAGAGAAGACGGACGACCUUUAUCUACACGUAGUUCACGUGGGCAAUCUGUAUCUUUCGCAGCUGGUGCAAUGGGUGGUAAACGCGGAACUGUGAGAAAGCCAAGUGGAGGUAGGUCUGCUUCUAGCAGAGCUUCUGCUUCAUUAUCGCCACGACGUGAGUCGCGAGAAGUAGCUCCGACAUCGAAGAGCGCGCUAAAGCAGGAGCGGCUCCGAGGGAUGUACCCACAAGAUAUGAUGAAGGUCAACAAGGUUUUAUUUUGACUUCAUCGAGUUGAACUUAAAACUUAUCCGGUUGAAUUUCACUAGUUGGUAGUACAGUGAGUGUAUUUUCAUACCUAAAAAUGUUACUCACAAGAUGAACUUCUGAGUAGACGGGAGUUGACCAAGAACGUCCUUCUUCCUCACCGUUGUCAUUCACAUAGUUUGCAUUGGAUAUAAGAUAUUUCUGUUGCACCUGUCCACCCACCAGCACGAAUUUCCCUCUCCUCCUUCAUACAAAAAACCGCCUAUCCCGCAUUGAACCCGCCUCCGUCGCACCGACCACCUGCGCAGACGCAUCCGCCGAUGAGCUGGGUCGCGCCAAAGAGUGUAGAGGAAGCCCGAAGCUUGCGACGCGCAGUCAAUGUCCUGAGGCAGGAGAACGCGACAUUGCGGAAGUUCAUAAAUAGUAAUUUCCAAGUUGUUACCAACAGGAACUUCAGGAAAGACCCGGCACGGAUUGUCUAG